AUGAACAGGUCUGUUUUAGAAACCCUUUUUGUCAAAUCGAGCAACAACAGGAACGCCACGCGACAGGCCGUUCGCCUAGCCAUUGAAGAAGAGAGGAAGACACAGGAGACGCUAGAACGCGAGAAGAAACGAGCAGCGAAGCGCGCAGCCCAACGAGCAACGAAGGUCGCCGACUACAAAGCCGGGAUUCCCUGGCUCGGCCCAAGUCCCAGACCGAAGGAUAUUCGACGGUUUAACUGCCUGGAAAAUGAAACUCAGCCUGUAAAGAGAUCCAGUCAACUGACGUCGAGGUCGGCUGAGAGUAUUAUCAUAAAUAUAAUCAACACCACCAUCAUCAUCAUCAUCCUCACCAUCAUCAUCCUCAGCAUCAUCAUCAUCAUCAUCAUCAUCAUCAUCAUCAUCAUCAUCAUCAUCAUCCAAACGCUCCCUGCAACACCGAAAAUGAAGUGA